ACAAAUAGGAGUGAGUUACGCGUCUGGCGUGAGUGGCAACACACGCCACUGUCGCCUGUUUCACCUUGAACACAGACACCUCACCUCUCGCAGUUACACUCUACCCACAGAGGGACAGAACACGCCGGUUACCCACGUGAACUGCUGUGCCGUGCCAGGUUCUCCCUCCGUCUUUCCUUUCGUCACCCUAGCAAGUGUACCCCAUCAAAGAGGCAAAGACCACGCCGCCAGGAUGGGAGAUGAGACAUCGGGUGAAUCUUGGCUCUCAAGUACCGCCUUCAAGUUUCUGGUGUUUCUGUGUGUGUUUCUCAUCCUGAAGAAGCUAUGGCCGGAUUUCAGACGGAGGUACUUUGCGGCUUUCAUGGAUUUCUUCUCUCGAGGUUCCAAUGCUAAGGUAGAGGAGAUGAAGAAGGAUGUUUUCAGCACACUCAGCUCCUGCACUUCCCAUGACCCCGAAUUAAGGAAAAAGAAGGCACUCAAGAUACUGGAGAUUGGGGUGGGCACUGGUGUGAACUUUGCCUACUACCCUGACGGGACACGGCUGGUGGUGGUGGACCCCAACCCUCACUUCAAGUCCUACUACAACGAAAACCGCAAGAAGUUCCCUAACAUUCACUCGGAAGAGAUCAUUGUCACCACUGGGGAGGAGAUGGACAUGGUGCAGUCCAACAGUGUGGAUGUAGUGGUGAGCACAUUGGUGUUCUGCUCUGUCGAGAACCAGAAGAAAAUCCUGCAACAGAUCCUUCGUGUGUUGGCUCCAGGUGGAAAAUUUUAUUUCUAUGAGCACAUCAGUGAGUUUGACAUUGAGCGUCACGGCACCAGGAGGAGGAUACAGGAAUUCCUCACAGCUACGGGCAUCUGGCCAUUCAUCUUUGAUAACUGCAUGUUGAACAAAGACAUGCUGGCAGACAUCCAGCAAGCAGGAUUCUCCAAAGUUCAGGCACAGCGGUUCUACAGUCCCAUUGACCACUUUGUGUUCCAGCUGGUGAAACCCAGCUUGAAGGGCGUAGCUGAAAAGUGAGAGGCCUCUGCAGGGUCACUGUCCUUCAUUCUACUACACAAUACUUCCACUCUACCUCUUUGAUUAAAGAGACUUCAUCACUUCAGCUAAAGAGCUGCAGUUCAGUCAAGUCUGAAGAAAAAUACCCUAUAAUUCUCAAGAAAACUUUCAUAAAUAUUUGGAGUACUAUACUGUGUAAAUAAUGCACUUUGUGAUUUCAUAUUCUGUUAAAGACAAAUACUGUAUUGAAUCAAAUUCACAUGCAUUAUUUCAGAGGCAAAUUUCAUUUUUGGAUAAAGUGGCAAUGAAUUAUCUUGUAUACACAUAAUUCCCGUUCUCUAUAUCAUCCAUGGGUCCUUAACCUCAUUACUCGUACAAAAGUGUCUCUUUCUCAUUUAUAAACUUUACUCCUCUAAAAAUUCUCACCAAGGACAAGAACAUCUAUAACCACCAUCCAAUAGUUUCAGAAGAGCCAGAAAGAAGUUGAAGUAAGAAAAGAGUAAUUGAUAAGACAAAUAGCUUUUGAUUCCACCCUAUCUAAUAAAGCUGUGUGAGUGGAACCAUCCCCACCCCACACAUGCACAGAGUACUCCAUAUAUGGGUAGAUAAGGCCCUUAUACAGAAUUAGCAUUUGGGAGGGUGAGAAAAACUGGCAGAAACACCUCAAAAUGCCUAACUUCAUAGAAGCUGUUUUAGCAAGAGAUAAUAUCAUAAGUUUCCAGUUUAGAUUAUAAGUACGUAGAGGAAAGACCAAUGAUAUUUAAUGCAGAAGAGUGACAAUUGUCAUUGAAGAAGAGAGGAUAGUUAUCUACAAGGCUGUGUUGAGUUAGUAGAUGGAGGAAUUGAAUUUUUGAAGCAUUUAACAAUAUGUACUAAGUUUUCUCUAUCCCAAUCAGAAAUCUUAGAAAGAUCAAAAGUUAGGUGUUCUGUGGCAUCCCUGCAGGAUCUGUCAACUUCCUAAAGGCUUGGUUGUCUCUGAAAAGACAUAGAAAAGAUCACUGAUGAAUAAUAAGAAGAGAGACAGAACCUUGAGGAACAUCACUUUUAAUAGAUUUAAGAGAAGAACAGUGACCGUUUACCACAGCAGUAAUAGAACAGUUGGAGAGGAAACUUGAGAUAAAGUUGCAGAGAGAAGGAUAGAAGCCAUAGGAGGGUAGUUUUGAGAUCAAAACUUUGUGCCAAACUCUAUCAAAAGCUUUUUAUAUGUCUAGGGGAAAAGCAAGUUUCAAUAAAAUCUCUAGAAGAUGGCCUUCAAAACACUCAACCUUACUGAGACCUUUCUACACAAGUCCACCACAUCUAACGAGAAACUGUAACUGCAUACUGCAUCUUUGGAGCACUAGAGGCUGUGACUCAGCCUACACAGCCCCACCAAAACACCAAGAAUAUUGUCAUCGUGUUAUUCUAAAUGAUUUGCAUAAACUGAAAAAAAUA